AUGGCAACUACAUUCUGCAAUGAAUGCAAACUCUUUAAGGAGGAGUUUGAAAGCCUUGAUGGUUCAGGCGAAGCUGAACGAGCCCCAUUUCCAAACGUUAUAGCCCUAAAGGACUCUGCGCUUUCGGGUUGCUCACUUUGUCAGAUCGUAUUCCAAUCAUGGUAUUACUACCCAGAUCCAGUGGUAUUCCAGGAAUACUCACCCUUUGAGGUUGUGGGAUUUGUUCGGUUUGAAGAUAAUUCCGAAAACGUUGAUGGAGACGAUUCGCAAAAUGAUAGUGAAGACAGUUAUGAACCCAGUUCACCAAGAGUGUUAGUCCAGCAAAGAUCUAUAGGGUAUUCAUUUUACCUAGGUAGCCUCGACAGAGAUGGUUUUGGCGAACAAGAAUUCGGGGAACACCAGAAAGCAUCUCGUCAGGUUAUUGACCUUGGCGCACCUGGCAGCAUUGACAAGGUCUGUUCUCUGGCUUUAAGAUGGACUCGAAACUGCGACGAAGCGCAUGAGCGUUGCAGAGCAUAUCACACCAACUCGGAACCAAAAAUAAUACCGACAAGACUCAUCGACGUUGGUACAGAUAGCCAUGCCCAACCACCAAGACUAUUCAUUCCUCGACACCACCUUCGCAGCCUGACGUAUGUUGCUCUGAGUUAUGCAUGGGGAUCAGCGGGCAACAACAUCAAAACCACAUCCUCGAACCUCGCAGCUAUGACGCAAUGCCUGCCUUGGUCUCAGCUGCCCAAGACAAUUCAAGAUGCCAUCGUGAUCACACGAGGACUAGGUGUUAGGUAUCUUUGGGUAGAUGCGCUGUGUAUCUUGCAAAGUGAGGGCCACGAUGAUACGCAGCAUAAAGAAGAUUGGUCCUAUGAAGCAGCUCGAUUCGGACAAUAUUACGAAAAUUCUUUAUUAACCAUAGCGGCAACUGGAGCCAAUUCUUCCGACAAUGGAUUGUUCUUGCCUAGGCCAGCAUUAAGAUUUGAGCCAGAGUCUAUUACAUUUCGGCCAGAAGAAGACUUAAGCUACACUAUUCGACCAAUAAUCCCCAGUUGGCACACCGAAAUCUCUUAUGCCCCACUACUUGGCCGGGGAUGGGCUGUACAGGAACGUUUGAUAUCAAGAAGAGUCCUCCACUUUGCAAAGAAUAUGGUCCUGUGGGAGUGUCAUGAUUGCCGAGCAACCGAACUUGAUCCUCAAGGGUUACGCCCAAUUGGCCCUGAAGGGGCACAUGAGAUCAUUCCCGGAUUUGCGGCUAUAUUUCGUGAUAUUCGUACCGGCGGCUUGUUAUCCGACGACUUCGUCAAGGAAUGGUACCGUUUUGUCGAUGAAUAUUCUCAGCACAACUUCACUUUUGUUUCAGACAGGUUACCGGCUCUAUCGGGUAUUGCAUCUAUAAUCCAACAUCGAACUCAACAGAAAUAUAUUGCGGGGCUGUGGGAAUCAGCUAUUCCUGAAGGUCUGGCGUGGAUGACUGACCGCAUGUUUCGUUACAAUACAUCCAACUUACUCGGCUCUGGACGUGAUGAGUCAAAGGAAGCAAGCGCGAGCUCACAGGUUAAGCUACCUUCUUGGUGCUGGGCUGUCAGCAAAAGCAGUGCUAGGUUUAUGUCUGCAUGGGGAUGGAAAUCCACGUUAGAAGUGGAGGCUUGGAAAUUGGAAUCACAAGGGAUGGACACUUCAGGACAAAUCUUGGGAGGAAGGCUCACAGUUCGCAGCAUGUAUGGAAUACUUAACCUAUCCGACUUGGGAUUUGUGUUUCAUCCGAGCCCUGCUUUAAGCGAUCAUAUACUAGGGCGUGAUCCAGUCGAGCACAGGGUCGAAUGCAAUCAAAUCGUAUGCGUGAUGAGUGGCUCGGAAGAAGAGAAGGAGCGCAAGAGGGACAAGUUCGGAGAGUUUAUGAAGAAGAACUUGAACAAAGGUGAAAUAGCAUUGAAGCAUGCUGUAGGUCUUGGUGGCCAACCCAAUGCGGUCCCCGUAACAAAGCCAGUUGUCGAUGGACCGCUUCGGCCGGUCGAGGUUGGUUGGCAUCCAGUCGGUGGCUUUGCUGGCAAGUGGUUCGCCGAGGAGACUGGUCUAGGAAAGAUGAUCACCGAGAAGAUCAACAAAUAUCCGGAUCCCACACAGCAUUGGGCAGUUUUGGUUGGCGACUAUGCGCAUCAGCUGUGGAUGGACGAGAAUUUCGAUGUCAUUUACACAAACGCCAAGGUUGAGCGUGAAGAGUGGCGGACAUUUCCAGUUGGACAAACACGCUUCAAUGAUGAUGCACUGCGACGAACUGGCGAAUCGGUGAUUCAAAGCAUUAGAGACAAGCAGCCAACCUACAACCUCAUCACCAACAACUGCCAGACAUACGUACUACAGCUGCUGGAUGCAAUCAAAGUCGGUGUGAAUAAAGAGUUCGGCACCACUCUGGCUGUCUACGAGAGGCUGUUCGGUCCAGGUAAAAUUCAAGACUUAUUUGAUGGUGAAGAGAAGCCAGAUGAAAUCACUGGAACGCAACCUCAACUUCAACCUCAACCUCAGCCCCAGCCGCAACAACAGCAACAGAUAGACCCAGCAACAGGAAUGCAACAAGGCAGAUCAGACACUGUCAACCUCGCUCAGGAUGUCAUGAAUCAGAACACAACUCAGCUGGAUACAGAGACAGAGAUGGAUAGACAUGUGGAUGAGAAAGAGAAGGAUAAGAAGAAGAAAGGGUUCUUCUCGCGCUUUAAAAGAAGUUAG